AUGUCGGAAGGAAGAGACAGCAAGCUUCGGACACAUCAAGAAAGUCUCGAAUCCGAGUCCCAGGAAGCUCUUCUUCCUGUAACCACUACCACUUCCAGCAUCUCGACGGCCGGCGCAAGCGAACAAGCGGAUAUGCGAGUCACAGAGAAGGGUGAACGAAAUUUGGACGGUAUAGCGGGGAUUGCUGCUCUUUGUGCUGUUGGCAUCCUGGCGGCGAUAACCUGGUUCAUCGUCUUGACCAAUAACCCCACUUCUCUAGGCUGGUUUGCCCUCCACCCUCUCUUACAAACCCUUUCAUUAGUGUUGUUCACGUAUGGGAUACUGACUCUGCAACCGACUUCUCAAGCCAACCCGAAAGCCAAAGCGGCGGGCUUGAAUAGGCAUCAGUUCGCCGUGUUUUUACUCGGGUUCCCUGCUAUCCUCGUUGGGACGUGGGCGGUAUGGCAUAACAAGAACCUGAGAGGUGCAGAACAUUACACCACUUGGCACGGUACGUUCGGGGGCUUGUGCCUGCUGUGGAUGUUUGGCCAGAUUAUCCUCGGUGCUGGAAGCGUUUGGUUCGAUGGAAAGCUCUUUGGAGGAGGAGCCAAAGCGAAAUCGCUUUGGAAGUAUCACAGACUGUCAGGAUACAUCCUGUUCCCGCUGAUGCUGUUGACUGCCCAUUUCGGCGGCGCAUGGUCAUUAUGGGGUGAGCGUAAUGCGGCAUGGAUCGUGCGAUUCCUCGCGUACACGAUUGCACCCAUUCUCAUUCUUGGUGGAGUCUUGGUCCGUGUGAGAACAUCCAAGAUGAAGUUUUGGUGA